AUGGCGGCGCGUUCCCCACGGACGCGAGCCUCCGUCUGCGUGCAGGGCGGAGCGGCCAGGCGCCAGCAUUCCCGUGACACGACGCUGUCCCAGGCCGGUUUCGUUGUGAUGUCUCACGCGCUGCUGCGACCCCAGGAAAGCUCAGGCCCCAGGCGCCCCUCCUCCGAGCCCGGGCGGCCAGCGCCGAGCACACAGCGGGGAGCCCAGGAGGAUCCAGGCCCUCCGCUCACGCCCUUCCCCUGCGGCGCCGCGACGUCCCCCGGCGCCGUCCGUGACGUCCUCUCCGAAGCCUCGCAGGCCCAGAGGACGAAGCCGUCCGUUUCCGCACGAAAGGGGCAGCUGGAGGCGCUGUCCCCGACGGAGAGGGACUGGCCGCGGGACGCGGAAGAAGAGCAUGUCCUGAGGGACCCGGCCCAGGAGCUGGACACCCUGCCGCAGCCCUACCGCAGGAUCAGCAAGCUGGUGGACCUCCUGUUCGAGCGCUCGUGGGAGCUGAUCCAGGAGCGCGGCGCCUUCAGCGGCCGGCCCAGGGCGGCCGAGCUCAGCCAGGCGCCGCCCCCGCUCUGCCCGCUCUUGGAGAGCAGGGAAGACGCCAGCAAGCAGCCGGCCUGCCUGAAGGUGGAGUUCUCUCCCGGAGGCAGCUUCGCGGCCUUCCUCCUCCAAGGAGCAGGAGACACGUGGCUGGACGUGUACAAGCUGCCCCGGGAGACUUGGCUCAAGGAGGCCGAAUACCCGCAGCAGGAGCCCAGGACCGUCGUCAGGCAGCUGCCGGUGACCCCGCUGGACCUGGUGACUCCAGAUGACUUGGAAAUGGAGACGGACGCUGGUCUGCGCGCAGACAGCAAGCUGACGCCGCCGGCUCACCUCCUGAGGAUCAGACCCCCGAGGCCACUCACAGGCAGCGCAUUCAGGAGCCCCCUGGAGGCCUUCGCAAAGGUGGGGGGCUGCUACGGGCUGGGCUCGGGGCAGAACCACUUCAUCAAGGACGGCCAGUGGGAGCAGCGGGCCAGCGUCUUUGAGGCCACCUACAGGAAGCACCUGCCGGCUGGCGCGGGGCAGGAGGAGCCGCCCAGGGCCCCAGCGCUGUGGGGACGGGGCCAGCAGGAGGGCAGCGCGGCUGUCCACGUGGGUGUGUCCGUGCAGCGGCCGGCCGCGGCCCUAGGACUCGGGAGGUGCCGCUGCGCACCACUGGCCGUGGGACUGCCCCUGGGAGUGGUGGCGCUCCCCGAGGGGUGCCUCUGCCAGAGCGUCCACUUCCUGGCCCACAGAGGACACGGCGCAGGCCCGCACGGGGCGUCACGGGCCCCGCUGAAGUGCGUGGUGCUGGGCACAGACGCCUCCCUCCACCUGGUGGCGGCCCAGGGGGCGCAGGGGCCCACCAUCCACCCGCUGGUGGACAGGUCAGUGGCUCGUCUGAGAGACUGUCGAGCGGGGGUCACCUUCCUGGCCGCCUGGCCGGAGGCCUCUUGUGCGGGCAUGGCCUUCGCCGGCCCAGCCGCCCCGUCUGUCCCCUGGGGCUGCGGAGUGCUGACCUUUGCCAAGAACGGCUCCCUGCAGCUCCUGGACGUGGCCAAGUCCCAGGCGGUCUGCGCCUUCGCCCUCCCCCGGCCCUGCCCGCUGACGGCCCCCUGGAAGCCGCUGUUCGUCGUGUCUUCACACCACCCCUGCUUCCUGCUGCGAGGCCACCAUCCGGAUGAAAUCGGGAGCGCCCAGGACCGCAGCUUCCAAAAUUCUCUUUUCUACUUCAAUUUCGAAGCCUACCCGCCGCUGGAGAGCGUCACAAGGAGCUGCCCCUCGGCCCGGGCCGAGGGCCUGGCCACCGCCCGGGGCCCGUCCUUGGAGGAGAGAUGCGAGAGCUUCCUGCAGCAGAGGUUUGAAAAGCUGGAGAGGAGCAAAGUGAACGAGCAGGAGCGCUGGCCCCGGCUCCGGAAGUUCUCCAUCUUCCUCGAAAGAGAAAACAAGAAGUGACCGGGCCGCUGGCUGCCCUGGGCUCUGGGGCGCCCGGACUCGCCCUCCGGCCUCCACAGCGGGGCGUGGGAGUCACGGGGCGUCUCCUCUGGCCCGCUGUGUCCCAAUAAACAGCCACGUUGUC